AGCAGCAGCAGCUACAGCAGCAACACCAACACCAAGGGUUACUCUUGAACGACGCAUACCCCAAACUACAGCCUUUAUUGGAUUACACACCGGACUUGGUUCCUAAUGAUACGCCAGACGACGAUCCAUUAACGAGCUUUGACGAUUUAUGCAUGCCAACCUCGUCGUCGUCACCUCAGGUAUCGUCGUAUUUACAAUAUCUCAAAGAACCACCCGCGUCGGUCGACUAUUCAAGCGUAAUGAUGCCCGUAAUGUCAGCAGCGACAUCAGCUACUUCCACAGUCGACGAUGCUUCUGCUGCUGCUGCUGCUGCCGCAGCCGCAGCCGCAGCAUGUUGUUGGCCUGGAAUGGACGCCACUGCAAACAGUCUACUUCUAUGUCCAAACACAAUGUUAGCACCCGAAAUUUCAACAACACCAACAGCAACAGCAUCGACAACGACAGGACUACGAGCAGGAGGAAACAACUGGUUUUGUGAGCCUCCUGAAGCCUACUUUGGCAGCGAUUUCUGCAGCGAACCAACCAGCAGUAGUCCUGACGACGGUUUUCACCAUGAUUCGCUAAGUGGCAUGACCCGAGAAUACGUCAGUCUGAGCGAUGUCAACUCGUUUGUCGCAGAAGCAGAUUCUCAAAAGCAUGCUGCGUCUAUCCACCUUUCCUAUUCGACUCCAGAGAACUUACAGUUUCUCGGAAACGAGGACAGCCUAGCACAAUUGUCAAGCUUUGCUUCUGUGCCGGCGUCAUUAACCAACUUGGCGCCUCCUCUCCCACCACCUUCCCAUCAUAAUCACAACCAUCUCAAUGAACAUCAGCACCACAGCAAUCAAAACCAGCCAUCAUUAACACCACAAUCUCCCGAUCACGAUGACUCUGACAGUGAAACAGUAUCCUCCACUCGGUCAAUCACAUACUGGAAAGGCGACUUGUGGAAAUCUGCCUACGACAAAGUGGCAAUGAAGCGGUCGAGGAGAAAGAAGAUCAACAGAAAGAAGUCGGAUAUUUUAUCCAAACACAAGCGUAGCGGCAACAAUAACAAGAAGUCGGUUUCUCGGUCUUCACCAUUGCCUGCAUCCGAGAGUAUCAGUACAUUUUUAGCACGCCAAAGAUUAUCAGAUGACGAAGAGCAGCACCAGCCUCCACAACCACAGCAUCCACCAGAAGAGGAAUACGACAUGGAAGAGGAGGAUGACGAAUAUGUUUUCCGUGGUGAUGGCCAAUCUACUAGUAGCCUGAGAAAGGGCCGAAACGUCGACAAAGCAUGUAACCACUGCAAGCGAUCUCAUUUGCGCUGUGAUAACAUGCGGCCGUGUCGACGAUGCGUUGCCACAGGGAAAACUGGAUGCAAAGAUGUCGAGCAUAAACCAAGAGGUCGGCCAAGGCUCAACAAGAACCAACAUAGUGUAAAGACCAGAGGAAUAUAAAGAAGGUGUUGCAUACUUUCCUUACUUCCACUUUUCAUCCCUUUCCCCUCUUCUAGAUCACUUCUUGAGACUUAGUUAUAGUUCGACACACAUCCUCCUACCUUCCCUAUAAUUUUCAUCCGACCUUUAUACCCUUUUAUUUUACAAUUACUAUAACUAUCACUAUUACUACUUCGUACGUGUAUAAACUGAAAAAUGUAUAAACACGAACCCGCCAAAUAAUCACGUAAAGGCGAUAAUUCAACAAUUAAUAAAUGUUCCGACCCAUUUCACU